AUAAUAAUAAUAAAUAAAAUUAAGAAAUAUCACAAAAAGGCGAAGAAAUAGAAGAAUAAACUGAAAAAAAGAAAAAUUAUUUAUUAUAUUUACGAAAUUUACAAGAAAAAAACGAAAAUAUUAAUUUAAACUACAUUUUAUAUUAUUAAAUAAGCGAUUAGAAAUUCAUAGAAACAACUUUAAAAAGUGUAAUAGAAAUUCCGAUUUAGAAAAAUGAAUAAGAUUAAGAAAUUACAUUUAAAUUGACUGCUAUAUAGGAAAAUAAUGAAUUAAAAAUAAUAAAAAAGAUGAAUUUAUAAGAUUUAAAAUUAACUCAAAUAAAUAAAUAUUCCACUUUUUUUUUAAAUUUAAAUUAGGAAUUUUCUUUAGUUUUUGAUGCUAGUAUUUUAAAUGAAUAAAAAUUAAAUAAAAAAAAUACCGAAAAUAUAUCCUUAUAUAUUGAAAUGUCUUUAGAAGAGAUAUCGUAAAAAACACAAAAACAACCCAAAACUAGAAGUGAAAAACCAAUUGGAUAAGCACUAAAAACUUCAUUAAAAUCUAUCCAAAACACUUAAAUAUGUCUUUAAUUGGACACUUAAACCUCUAUAUAAAUAAAAAUAAACAUAAAAGAUUCCAAUACAUGUUUUCAUAGGAAUUUUUUAGGAUUCGCAUGUUUAAAAAUACUCGAAACGCGUACUUUUUAGGCAGAAAAUAUAAUUUCUUCUAUAAAAAUAAGCUUAAAUUCUAUGGAAAAUUCUAUGUAGAAAUAAAUAUGGAAUUUAAAGCCUUUUAAGACUUUUUUACAAGAAAAUAAUUGUAUUUAAACAUGGGAUUUUCAACAUAAUUUAAUUUAUGAAAAAAACCUAUAAAAAACAAAGGAAAAUACAGAUAUUUAAUUAAAUUUUUUGACAAAAAUAAAUUUUGAAUUAGAUAAAGUCGAAAAAAUAAACGAAGAAAAAAUGGAAGAAGAUUUUUAAAUUUUAUUAGAAAAUUAUUCUUUUUUGGAUAAAUACGAAGAUAUUUUAUAUCAAAAUAAUGGCUUUAUACAUAGUAAUUUAUAAAACCAUAUUUUUUUUGAAACUUAUGGGCCUUUCGAUUAUUUUUCAGUACAAUUUUUGGAUAAAAAUAACCAUGUUUUGGCACUUUAUGAGGAAGAUUUUUUCUAAAUUCCUUAAAAAUAGCUUAAUUUAGCCUUUAUAUGUCAAGAUAAAGAUAAUAUAGUCUAAAAUAAGUAUCUUUAAGUAAAUUAAGAGGAACUUUUAGACGACUAAGAGUAAUAAAAUAUAAUUGGUAGUUUCAAAUUUCAGGUUUAAUUUGAGUCUUUUAAUUAAUAUUUGAUGCCUGAAGAAAAAGAAAGAUAGUGGGUUGAUAAAUUAGUAGAUUAUAAAAAAGAUGAUGACAAUUUGAUGUAUUUUUUAAAGGAAAAUAUAAGUAAUUAUGUAAAAAAUUAAUAAAAAAUUCAACCAUUAGUAAUAUCUUUAGUGGAUAUUUGGAAUAUAUAAGAUUUAGUAUAAUAAAUAUCUAAAAACGAUAAAAAAUGUGAGUUUUUUAUAAAAAUUAAAAUCGGAAAUAUAUGCGAGAAAAUAAAAUUCUCAUAAAAAAUAAAAAAAAGUGAAGAAAUAGAAGAAAUAGAUGAUAUACUACUCGAAUUAGAAAAAAAAGGAAGUUUUUUGAAAAAAAUAGAAGAUAAAUUAAAAAUAUACACUAUGUUAGACCAAAAAAGUUAAAAAGUAUCAGAAAUUACCACGGAUACUGAUUUAUGUUAAAAAAUGGUCUUUUAAAUUAAAAGUUUUCUCGAAUUUAUUUAAAUUGAGGUUUUAAUAGAAAAUGAAAUUAUAGGAGGUUUUUGCAGAUAAAUUUAGGAGUGCUUUUUUUACGAUAAGGAAGGAUUCUUGUAUUUUUUAGUUAGUUUUUUUAAUAAUAGUGGGGGUUAGAAUUUAAAUUUUACUGGAUUUUUUUUAAAAUUUUAGUAUAGUUUUUUAAGUUUUGAGCAGGAAAAUUCAUAUAAUUAAAGCCUUUUUUAACCUGGAAUUUAUAUACCUAAAUAGAUGCUGUUUUAAGACAAAUAAUUAGUAAAAAAAAUGCAGAAUUUUAUAUAUAAAAUGACUAUCUAAGAAGUCGAAUCUAAAAAAAGUUGCGAAGAAGUCUUUUCUUUUAAUAAUUUUUUUUAGAAAAUAAAUAUGAAAUUUUUCCAAGAGCUUUCUUUUCUAAGGAAUAAUUAAAAGAAAGACAUUAUGUUCUUAGUUUAAAUAAAAAAAAUAUAUUCAGAAAAUAAUUAAAAUAACGAAGAAAAUAUUGAAGAAAAUGAAGAAAAAAAAUAUGCUUUUAAAAAUAAUUUUAUCUAAAUGGAGAUUUCCCUUCUUAAAAUAUUCUCAAUCCAAAAAUAAGUAUAAAAACAUCGAAUAUAGCCCAUAAUUCUUUUCAGGUUUUUUCUUGUUUUUUCAAAGAUAAAGAAUUACCUUAAAAUAUUAAACUUUUAGUUUUUUUCUAAGUCAAUUUACACGCUAAUACCUUUAUAGAAUAACCGCUUUAAAAAAUAAAAAUUUCUAUACCGAAAUAACUCCAAAAAAAAAUCAUUUCUAAUGAAAUUCUAGAUAAAAAUUGCCUAAUUAAAAUUAAUUUGA